AUGGAUGAUAUUAAAGCGAAUACUAAGAAUACAUGGCAUAGUUUAGAUUUCCAGACUCAAUCAUGGAUUGACUAUAUCAUAGUCUCUAAUGCUUUGACAAAAACGAUUAUAGAUUUUGAGAUAAGGGAGGACGGUGGUUAUUUAUCUGAUCAUUGGCCUAUUGUCAUGUCAACGAGUGUGGAAGUAGAUUGUAAGAUUUUAAUACCAAAGAACAAGUCUGUUGGUAAAAAAUUGUUGUGGAAACAAACCGCAAUGGACAGUUUGGAGAGAUAUAAACACUGUCUAGAACUGGAACUAAGUAAAAUAUGUAUGCCAGUAGAAGCUGCUGUGUGUAAUGAGCCGGAGUCUUGUGGUCAUCAUCACGAUAUUCAAGAAUAUCUCGAUGCCAUAUGUGGAUUUCUGCUGAGAUUUGGUAAGUUAUGUUUAAGAAAAGGCUCAGGUAGAGGAACGAGUACAUUGGGUGGGAAUGAUGAUCUCAAGAAAUCAAAGCGGCAGGCUAGAAGUGACUUUUCUAAAUGGAAAUGUGCUGGUAAGCCUAGAGAUGGUGAAUUAUACAAUGCAAUGCAGAAUUCUAGAAUGAUCCUUAACAAAGGUCAUUUAAGAAAUAGAAAACGGAAGAAACAAGAAAGUUGGUGGGAAAAUUUGGCCACAGACUUAGAUAGUGAUACUGAUACGUUUUGGAAGGAAGUACGAGAAAGAAAGUACGAAACGCAGCCUUUUAUACAAAAUGGUAUGUCUGACAGUGAAAUGAUGGAGUGCUUGAAGACGCAAUUUAGCCAAAUUAUCAACAGUCAAUCACAUGAUUCUAUAGAUAGAGGGCGUCAAAUAUUUGAAACAAAUCUAAAACAUCGAAUACAAACAUCAAAACUACCAUGGUGGUGUGUUGAGAUACAUCCCAAAGAGGUCGAAAAAGCAUUUCAUCAACGGAAAGUAAGAAAAUCUGCUGGACCUGAUGAAGUAGAGUCCGAACACCUUAGGUAUAGUGGCUUUGAAUUAGCUAUCCACAUGAGUACAGCCUUUACUGCUUGCUUUAGACAUUCUGUAGUCCCAACUCAAUUUUUGGAGUCUUCUGUUGUUCGAGUCAUUAAAGAUAAACAUGAUGAUGCCAGUGAUUCAGACAAUUACAGAGGAAUUGCUGUUUCAUCAACAAUAUCAAAAGCACUGGAACUAAUAAUGCGUGACAAGUUGCAUGGUAUGCUAAUGUCUAGUCAACAACAAUUUGGUUUCAAAAAGGGUCAUGGAUGUUCUGAUUGUUCCUUUGUUUUGAAGGAGACUGUCGACUACUACCUAUCAAAUGGUAACAAAGAAGUAUAUGUGUGUGCUCUUGAUUUAUCAAAAGCAUAUGAUAAAGUUUCCUUUUAUUGUCUGUUUAACAAGUUACUGGAUAGAGGUGCUCCUGUAUAUUUGGUUAAAUUUCUUGCCAAGUGGUAUUCAUGUCUAAAUAUGAAAGUUAAGUGGAACAACCACUGUUCUUCACAAUAUGGCGUUGGAAAUGGUGUACGACAAGGAAGCGUUCUGUCUCCAUCUUUGUUCAAUCUCCAUAUAGAUGAUCUCUUGACUCAGCUUAGCUAUUCUGGUCUCGGAGUUAGAAUAGCAGAUCUAUAUCUCGGGUGCUUGACUUACGCAGACGACAUAACACUAGUGUCCCCAAAUGUUGCUGGAUUACAACAAAUGUUAGAUAUAUGUACUAUAUAUGCAAAUGAGCAUCAUCUGAUAUACAACACCAAAAAGAGUGUCGUGAUUACAUUCAAGCAGAGACGAUAG